UUAAUAUUGGUUGCAUUUGUAUGCGUAGCGGUAAAUUUUAUAAAACAACAAGUUUCAUCACCCAAGUCCCCAGUCGUAUUGAAAAGUGGAAUUUUGAAAUAAUCUAAGAAGUGAAUAAAAGCACAUUCCAAAGAGUUUUAUUAAUGCAAGUGUAUUUGUAUAAGUAAUUUUUGCUUUGUGAACAGAUAAAUGCCUUAGCCAAAACAGGCAGCAAACUUGCUUCCUCAUCCUUUUGUUUUUGAAGGCACCAGCCAAACACAUUUUGCGGAAAAAUCGAAACUGCUCAUCGGUCAAAACGAAGGCAAAGCCCACAUAAUUCAACCCAAUGUUGUAAUGCUUUUUUGUCCUUUCAAGUGGUAGCAGCAAUAAUCUAUUCAAAGUGAUUAAAAUAUAAAAAACAAAACACAGAAAAAACAGGAAAGGAAAGAAGAAGACAAGCGUUUGUGUGCAAAAAGUUACAUAUAAAACGUCAAGUUAAAAACCAAAAUAUUAUUUGUUUGUGUUUUUCCUUUUGCUUUUGAUACAUAUUUCUGAAAUGCCUGGCCAAUCCUUUAAUCAUCACAACAUGUACCGUUACGGUUGUAAUUAACAGCGGACUUUUAAGCACUUACAUACAUACUUCAAAUCGCGAAUACAAACACACACAAAUACUUUUUACAUUUUUCGCAAAUCUUCGCUGGAGCCGGUUAAAAUGUAAACUGUUAAACAAAAUUAUCGCACCCCAAGCGCUUUAUAUGAAGUAAGGUGUGUGUGUGUGCUAGUGUUUUUUAAUAUUAUAUUUAUUUAUGCAAUAUACGAUUAAAGAAACAAUUGUGUGGAAUAGUAAAAAGAAGCAAUAAAAUAUACAUUGACUUCAAAUGCAAUAAGAACGAGUGAGCGACAUAUUUUACAGUCGGCUAAAAAAAUGAGAGAGAGCGCGUAAUGCUAAUAAAUUCUAAGCAAAAGAGCGCAGGUGUUGACAAAGUGACAGUGAGAGCGCAAUUUAUGCGCACAUAGAGCAAAGCAAAUACGCUAAAAGGGCAAGAAACAGUGAAAAAAACACCAAACUUUUGCCGAUUCUAUUAACUCGCAAGCUACUAAUGCGGAAAUAAGUUAAGCUCAUCGUUAAGCAUCGUUACUUUCUACAAGCUUAGACCUCGUGAAGCAAUUUGUUCGCCAUCACGAAACCUCAAGUGAACAGAUUUGUCUGGAGACAUCAAUAGAGAGAGAAGCAGCAGUAAACCACCACAGCACACAGACAAGCAGAAGUGAUCAGAUUUGUCUUGAAACAACAACAGAGAGAGAGUAGCAGCACCAAGCCAAUACAGUCGCAGUCAGUCACAACAGCACACAAAUAAGCAGAAGUGCAGCAAUUGCUCACAAUUUGUCAUUGGCUCAUAUUAAUCGACGUCGCCGCCGCCGCCGUCACCACAAGAACAAUAUUUAACCAUUUUUCUUGGCUGUAGAGUAAAUCUCACUUAUCACAAUGUAUGCGCCGCAGCGAGUACGUCGGCUUAUUUGACAUACACCAAUUAUUCGUGGUGAACUGAGAACAACAACAACAACAAAAUAUAGGGCGUAUUGCCCUCAAUCAGUAGUGAAAUCGCAUGAUCUAUCGCUACCAAAGUUUUACUCCUUGACACUGAAGAGAGAAGUUGAAAUAAUUUAGUUUUUUUUUUCUUUGAGAAUUUUUUUUUACAUUUUUUCUCUAAGUUUUUUGUUUUUUUUGCAAAAAAAGAAGAGCGCUCUAUAAACUAUAAAAAAACACUAAACGUUGCAUAAAACCAUUAUUGGAGAAAUAUUUUGUUUUUUGUCAAUACGCAGAGCCUAGAAAAAUCUACUUGCCGCAUGUGGAUUCCAUCGGUGCUCGUAAUUCUGCCAAAGACGUUGUUGAAGUGGACGACGCCGCAUUGCAAAAGUGCAACUAAAUUCAAAACGAAAAUCGUCAAACCUCAACUGCAAGCAGAAACUGUAGUAGUAGCAGCAACAACAACAACAACAAUAAUAAUAAUAUUUGUAGCAGUCAUAGCGCCAAUUAUUAGCCGUAUAGAAACAGAAGAAACCGUAACAGCUGCAGCGUUUAGCUCCGAGCAACAUUGUCGCAAAUUAUUUGUCGAGUCUUCUUUAGUGACAUCGUCGUCGUCGUCGUCGUCAUCAUUGGUGUCCUUGUGCGCACUUGUACUUAUUUUUUUUAUCGGUCGAUUUAUUCAUCGCUCCCAUCAUUUCCUCCUCUACGCUGUGACAUUAAAGUUAGCGUUCUUAAUGAAUGACAUUCGGUUAAAAUCACUUCGCAAGCCAACAAAAAUACUAAUAACAACAACCGCAGUACUAAUCGAACAAAUAAUAGCAUUAACUGAAAUUGCAACAACAAAAGCGCUGAAAGCUAUUAGAACAGUGUUGAUAGGCAGCAAACAAAUAAAACAACUACAUAACAAUAAAAACAACAACAAUAACAAUAGCAAUAAUAAUAAUAAUCAAUUAACAAUAUUAGCGAUUUUGUCAAAAGCAACAACAACCAAAACAUUAGCAUCAGCAUCAGCAACAAGAACAAAAAUCACCACCACACAAAUCACCAACAGCAGCGAGGCGACCUCCACUCCAAUAUUACCAUCAAUAAAUAGCAAAAACAACAUCACGGUGGCCGCUCUUGUUGCAUUGCGUCUGUUCAAUAAGAACUCCUUCUCGUCGAACAAUCACCGUACCUACAAUAACGGCAGUAAAUCGAACAAAGUAUUUCUACACUAUACACCACGUGAUCCGCGUUUAAGAAUCGCCAAUAGCAAUCAAGAAAUUUUGAUUAAUAAACACCAUUUCGAUAGUGUUAGUGAGUUGAAAAUAACUGAAGAUUUAUGCGCUUAUGGUGAGUUAAUUGGGGGCUUCUUCUCCACACCAGCGACAUUCAAAAUUGUUAUUGCUAAUUUAGUGUACUGUGAUUGUAAUCAAAUUAAUUGUUGUUGUAAUCAUAAUAAUAAUAAUAGAAAUAACAGUGAAAGUAAAAGUAAAAGUGAAAACGAAAUUGAAAACAAAUUUAUUGUAAGCGAUUCGACGCAAAGGCAACUGAUUUAUGAUAAAUAUUCUUGCAAACUGAAAUCGAGGGAGGAAAAGGAAGCACAACUUAGCCAAAGGCAACAAUCUUCAAUCUCAAUAGUGAACUUUGUACGGAACUUGCAACUUGGACCCAAAUACUUGCAGGCAGUCACAAGCGCAGUUGGCAUACUGCUGUAAACAGAGCAGCGCGCAGAGUCGCAGUC